GGAACAGACUGUAUCCAAGUGUAGGAUCGGCAACAUCUGCAGGUUUUGAUAUAACUCUUUUAAGUUUGCUGUUGCGCAAUAUCUGCAAUUUGCCAACACCAGUUAAAGGAUGGGACGAAGAGCCCGCUACAGSAAGURYUAACGUGGAAGACGAUGUAGUAAGGCUGAGAUUAUACCGUAAUARUCUGUAUGGUCACAUCUCUGAACCAGCUCUAUCAGACUCUGAUUUCAACAAGCACUGGAACGACAUUGAAACUGUUUUGUUAAGACAUGGUGUAAACAAGUCAAMCAUUGAUAGUCUAAAGRCACAAUCCUUCGAACAAGAAGAUAAAGACUACUACAUCAAAUGCUUAAAAGAAUGGAUCACUGAUGAGGCUGAUAGAGUAAUCGAUGCAGUGAAGGAAUCAGAAAAGAGAGUGCUGGAAAAAGUUGAUAAAAUGGAGCAGAAGCUAGACCAACUUAGUCCAGAGCGAUCUUCAAGUCGACCAACAACAUCUAAAGAUGCGGAACUUUACUGCGAAAAACUAAAAAAAGCCAUAAUAACCCAAACGGACGAUCUACAACCAAAAGGAAUGAUCCAUGCAUCAAUGAAGACCGACGAUAUUUUCACUAAUGUGGUUGUUCACCUCGGAAAGGAAAGAUGUCCAGAACAAAUUCAAAGCAGACAGCACCCUGUAGGUCGUAAAACGCUGACCGAAAUCAAGGACUGCAGUGAAAUUUUUGUUCACAAAGAUGAAAACUUGAGUUUCCUCCAAAGUUUGUGGGAAAAAAUUCGAAAGCUUCAAAAAAAGAAUCCUAAAAGAAUAAUAGUUUCUGGGGAACCAGGAAUAGGAAAGACCUUGUUUUCGCAAAAACUUGUUAGAGAUUUGGCCAAGAACUCCACAUCAAUCCCUGACGUUAAGUUUACUUACCUGAUUCCCUUCAGAUUAUUAAACUCACUCGACAAAGACCUCAGUCUCCAAGAGUUGCUUAAUCUCUCACCUUUGCUCAACGAAGCCACAAUGAUAGACGACGCACUGAUGGAGUACUUCUCUCAGCAUUCAGAGAAGUUAUUCAUUAUCCUCGAUGGCUUUGACGAAUAUAAAAACCGCGACAAAAUACUCGCAGAUGAUGAAGGGCCCAAUGAUAGUAAAGCCAAGAUGCCAGUAACAGCCCUUGUCAGCAAACUAAUCCAGAAAAAAAUCUUGAGUGAUUCCGUAAUCACGGUAACCUCAAGACCGGUCGAAGCCGACGAGCUGGAUCAAAAAAUCCACUUUGAUMGCUAUGUGGAGAUUUCAGGAUUCUCAGAACAACAGGUAAACAUGUAAAAAGUAAAUACAGACUAAGGCUGAUAUCAUUGCGAUGCCUGCACGAGUUUGGUAAAGACAAAACUUUGACAAGAAAAGAACUGACUACAAAUCGUGACUACAGAUAUUGGCAUCGUGAUGGGGGAAUUGUAUUAGAUGGUGUAACCGACACGGACUGUGCAGSAAUCGCUAUGCUAGUAGAAUYCACUGCUACAUCAAUAUCAUCACCACCAGACACAUUAUACAUUCAAUGGUCACCGAUAACCAGUACCGGGUUAAAGAGAUUGCUGCCAUCUCUAAAUCAUCCAAACUGCGCAAUCACUGGACUGUCGAUGCUGUUUUGUGGUWUGAAUGAUGAACGCCUAAAGUGUUUGUGUGAGGAUUUAACAAAGACAAAAAUAACCAAGCUAGACCUGAGUAGUAAUAAAAUAACCGAUCGUGGAGUGCAUCACAUCAUGGAACACUUUCCAAGUAAUCUCAACUGCCUAAUCCUUUAUGGUAAUAAAAUAUCUGCUGAGUGUAAAGAGAGAACUAGACAAUUCUGUAGGAAUAAAUAUCCUGGUGUUAGGUUAUGAUUCAUAGAUUAGAUAAUUCAAUGUUUGACUCUUGUAGAGUUUAUAUAGUGAUACAAGUAAAACUAAACACAACAAAAAGCACAGCAAACUAUUUAUUCAUCAUUUCUUAGUUUUCCACAAUUCCUUGCAUAUUCUUUUGUAAAAACAUAAGCUUAUAUCAAAAUAUACAUUUUAUAAAUUUGUAUAAUUUUGUAGCUGAUAGAAUUUUUUCAGUUUCAUGAAGACAUGAAAAACUUUAUCAAUAAGAUUUUUUCUCUAGGGUUAAUACAUUGUACAUAGUUGUAGAAUAUAAUAUAGCUCGAUGGUACAGUAAAAAUACAAUAUUUUUUUCUA